AUGUCUUGGGAGCAGUACGCGCCGACGUCGGAGUCGCAGCUGGCGCGGCUCUCGCGCCUGAAGACGGCUUGCGGCGGGGAAGAAGCCGAGGCAAUUGUGCGGCGCAAUCAGCAGCAGCAGCAGGAGCGGGCUCCGGCGACGAUCCCGACUCUGGGAGACUCCGCAAAGCCUUCGGGCAUAGCGGCCCUUUACAAGGACUCUUAUUACGGCGGGAGGGGUGGCAGUGACACUGCUGCUGCCGGUGGCGGUGGCGGCGGCGUCGGUGGGGGUGACGAGCUGGGAGGGAGUGCUCGCAGGCGGGGUGCCGAGCUUAGGGAAUACGCCCGAACGUGCCAGGCUUUCGUGGCAGACAUCGAGCGGGCGGUGCACCUGCUGGACACCAUUGCACAGCAGCAAGAGCAGGUUACAUCAAAGACCCAGGCGCUCCACGCCACGUGCGAGAGCCUCCUGUCGGAGCAGCACACCCUCGAGGCACAGGUCAAGGCCCUCUCCGCUCCCCUCCAGCGCUUCGGGGCUCUUCGGGAGCUAGGCCCCGCGCUUGGACUGCCGUUCGCCUCCCAGUCUUCGGCCGGCGGCGCCGGGGGCGAGGACGGGGCGCCGAGAAGGGCUUCGGUUGGGGUGGGGGCGGGGGGCGAUGGGGCGAGGUGGGGAGGGGGGACUGGCUUGGUGAGAAGAGCUUCGUCCGGAGGAGGGGGGGGAGGACCGGGAGGGGGUCGAGUUCUGCUGCACCCCGGGAGCGACGAGUUUGCGGAGGCCCUAGCUCGCGCGGCCUCCGCCAUGGCCUACCUCCGGCGGCACCCCGAGUUCAUCGAGGGCCCGCAGUACGUCGACAAGUACGUCCAGCUCCUGUCGCGAGCUCUCGCGCUCGUCAAGAAUCAGGUGAUGGAGUACCUGGAACAAGCGGCGAGGCUGUCGGGAGAGAAACCGGUCGUGGAAGGCCGCUUGGAGACCUCGGAGAUCUACUCGCGCUUCAGGAGCGUCUCUCACCGGGUUAACGCGGGGGUGGCCCUGAUGCGCAAGUACGUCUCCGCGGCACCCCUCGUCAAGACGCUGCUGUCCGACUUCAGGCAACUCUACUUCGAAAAGAGACUGGCCCUUCUUCGGCCCGCAGUCCGCUCUCACCUGGAGGCGAUGUCGAAGCAGAGGGGGAUCACGGCGAUGAUAAGGUUCGGGGCGGCGUUCCUGGUGCGGGUCGGGCAGCUGGAGACACAGCUCUACGACGCCUGCCUGGGCCCCGAGGAGGAACAAGAACAGGCUCAGAACCAACAACAACGAGAAACCGCCGCCGCCAGCAGCAGCAGCAACGGCACCGACGAGACCAAGGGGAGUUCAUCCCCACGAGGGGAAGAAGGCAAGGGGGGACGGGGGAACCAGCAGGAGGAGGAGGGGGGGGGGGAGGAGGAGGGCCAAGGAGAGGAGGAAGAAGCGAAGAGGGAGCUGGACCUCCAGAGGGAGGAGGAGGCCGCCGAGGUGGAGGAGGGUCGGGCGGGGCUCUACGGGAUGCUGCUGCAGCUGUGCUCCGAGCUGCACAAGCACCUCCGGCCGAGGGUGUACCACGGCACGGACAUGGACACCCUCUGCGAGCUUGUCAGCGUGAUUCGCGAGGAGAUCGUGGAAGAGCAGCGAGGGCGCCACGGGUUGAGCCAGAUCAACCCGGUGGCAACGGCGGCGGCGGGGGCGGGAGCAGGCCACGAGGGGGGCGGUGGCGGAGGAGGGGAGGCUGCCAUCGAGACCAUCCUCAUGAAGCUGGUGCAAGACUCCCAAGAAAGGUUGAUCUACAUGGCCACCAAAGUUAUCCAGGACGAUAUCGCAAGCUUCCGGCCCACCCCCGAAGACCUCGACUACCCUGGCAUGCUUCUACGAGCAGCGAAGGGCGGUGGCACCGGCGACAGCUUAGUCAACGCUAGGACAGGGCCGGGGGAUCAACCGUCGCCUUCUUCCCCUCCUUCUUCUGGGAAGGGGAGCGCACCGGCGUACACGACGUGGUACCCGCCGCUGCGAUCGACGCUGCAGGUGCUCAGCAAGGUGUACCGCGCGGUGGACAUGGGAGUGUUCGAGGACCUGGCCCAGCUGUCGGUGGCGGCGUGCGCGGAGUCUUUGAAGAAAGCGGCGGUCUCCAUUAGCGCCGGCGUUACAGCAGGCUCGGCGCCAUCGCCGCCGGUGUCCAGCGGGGGGGGAGGGCGGGGGGCACCCGGAGGAGCGUUGGCGGGGGGCUCUGUCGUUCCCCGAGCAGGAGCAGCAGCAGCACCCCCCGCAGGGUCGGGGGAGGGGGGUCUCGACGCCCAGCUGUUCCUGAUCAAGCACCUGCUGACGCUGAGGGAGCAGCUGACGCCGUUCCACAUACAGUUCGUGCACGCGGAGCAAAAGCUCAACUUUGGGUCGACAAGGAUGGCCUUGCGGAAGUUCAUCAGGCACACGCCCGCCCUGUUCCGGCUUUCGAGCAAGAACGCCCUGGUGGAGCUUACGGUGGACAGCAUCCCCACCAUCGACGAAGUCCAGGCUCGCGCUUUCGAGGACACGUCUAGGGAGGACGUCGACGGGGCCGGGCUGGAAAGCCUGCGCGCGCAGCCGUUUGCGAACCCGGAUCGUGUCAAGGACGCCUUUCACGCGGCCGUGUUCAGCGCGACCGCGGCCCUUCCCCGGGUGUGCGCGGCGAUGUCGCUGUACCUCGACAACAAGGCGACGGAGGGGAUCCUGCUGCACCCGGUCCAGAGGAGGGUGGUCGACGCCGUGGACGGAGUCCGCGACGUGCUGCAGCGGCUGCACCCGGCCGAGGACCUGGAGGAAAUUAUGCCGCUGCUUACCCGAGUGUCCCAGCUGGCCCUUAGCGCCGGGGAGGAUGGCGGUAAUGCCCCCCCCUCGCCGGCGCAAGGAAAAUGA